UAUCUUAUUUUAUUUCUAUUUAAUAAUUAUUAGAAAAUUAAUAUAAAGAUUUUUUUUUUUUUUUGGAGAAAUCCAAUAGUUACAUUACAUAUAUGGCCAUGUAUAUAUAUAUACACCCACCAAACAACCGUUUUAAAUACAGAAAUAUUUUUUCUCAUUAGAGCAGAGCAAAGCACAUAAUACACCUGUCUCUCAAAUCAAUUCAUAUUCGUGUUUAUUCGUUUAUUGUUUGAUUGAUAAUUGAGGAAAAGAAACAAAUGGUAUUAGUUGGGAGAAAGAAGAGUGGAGGAGAAGAGGGAACGCAAUUGCAAUUGGGGAAAUACGAGAUCGGAAGAACACUUGGUGAAGGCAAUUUUGGGAAAGUUAAAUUCGCUAAAGACGUUCAAACUGGACACCCUUUUGCUGUGAAAAUCCUUGAAAAAACCCGUAUCAAAAACCUCAACUUCUCAGAUCAGAUAAAAAGGGAGAUUGCCACAUUGAAGAUCCUCAAACAUCCUAAUGUUGUUCGAUUACACGAGGUUUUGGCAAGCAAAACCAAGAUUUACAUGAUUCUUGAAUACGUAAAUGGAGGCGAACUAUUCGAUACAAUUGCAUCAAAAGGUAAAUUGCCCGAAUCAAAUGGGCGGAAGUUUUUCCAACAGUUGAUUGAUGGGGUCAGUUAUUGUCAUGAUAAAGGCGUUUAUCACCGUGACUUAAAGCUCGAGAAUGUUCUUGUCGAUGCAAAAGGAAGCAUCAAAAUAUCAGAUUUUGGCCUUAGUGCACUGCCCCAACAUUUAAGGGAUGAUGGGCUACUACAUACGACUUGUGGAAGUCCUAACUAUGUUGCUCCCGAGAUUCUUUCCAACAGAGGAAAUCUUGCAGUUCUUUAUCAAAAGAUUUUCAAAGGGGAUGUGCAAAUGCCGAAAUGGUUACCUUCAGGGGCAAAGAAUUUGAUAAAGAGAAUUCUUGAUCCAAACCCUAAAACAAGGAUAACAAUAGCAGAAAUCAAAGCAGACGAAUGGUUUAAACAGGAUUAUACUCCUGCGAUUCUUGAUGAAGAGGAAGAUGAUGUAGUACCUGUUGAAGUUGAAGUUUUAUCUUUACAUGAAGCUCCAACAGAUUCAGAAAAAGAUCCCGAAUCACCUACUCAUAUCAAUGCUUUUGAACUCAUUGGAAUGUCAUCUUGUCUGGAUCUCUCUGGGUUCUUUGAGAAAGAGGAUGUAUCGGAGAGAACUGUGAGGUUUACAUCCACAUGUUCUCCAAGAAAGUUGUUAGGAAAAAUCGAAGAUACAGUAUCACAGAUGGGAUUUGUAGUUCAAAAAAGAAAUGGAAAGUUGAAGGUGUUAGAAGAUCACAACGGGCAGAGGAAGCCUUGUAAUUUAUCCGUUACAGCAGAAGUGUUUGAAAUAAACCCGUGUUUGUAUGUAGUUGAAUUAAGAAAAAACAGCGGGGAGAGUAGUGUAUAUAGACAGCUAUGUGAUAAGCAAAGUUGCUGGAAGCUUAAUAGGAGGAGAUUAUGUGAAUCUUCAAGUUAUAUUCAAGUAAGGAGAAGAUUAGUGAUGAAAAAAAUGCUUCAUUUCUUUGGUUCUUUAUAUAUACAUACAUAUGGUCUUAAGCUCAAUGUUGAAAUCGUGGGUUAUAUUGUAUAGCAAUUAGUAAAUGUAUGGAUACAGAUGGUAAUAAAUAUAUUACUUAUAUGUAAUUAAAUUCGAUAUGUAUUGGUUUAAACGAAAAGUCAGCAAUUUUUGUCCAUAUUUUUCUCGUGGUAUAUAAUCAAUUGCCUUUUGAAAUAUGUUAAGGGUAAAGUAAUUCAAUACAUAUAAGGGGCAACACACUUG